ACAAUGAAAUUACUAUCUUACCCUCACUCCGUCGCAUAUUUUUGCACUCUGUUCGCAUUUCCCUUCGGACACCCUCAAGGCCAACAUAGUCAUUUGAACAAAAGCCACAUCCAUCUUCACCGUAAAGGCAUCGAGGUUUAUCUGAUACGCCGUCGUUUUGUCGUCUCUGUCAUCCACCUGAUAUUUUUUCAAUUUAUCUCUAUUGCGUUUCGUUCAUUUUUCGAGUUGAUUUGGAUUUCUAUAUAUGUAUCUAUAAACGUGUGUCGCGCAUUUAUAUUCAGUUGAAUAAAGGAAUCGAAAUGCUCUUGAAACCCUACUUUAUUAAGGUAAAGAUGAAAUGUUGAGUUGUAUUUUGUAGAAAGGAUCGAAAUUUUUAUCUGAUCUUUUAAUAUAUACAUAUACCUGAAUAUAAUUACAAUGGCGGAUCAAGAAGAGGAAGAUUUGAAGAUGGCGUUGAGAAUGAGUAUGCAGCAGCACGAGUCUCCGGAGCCGAAGAGGAGCAAACCGGGGGAUGACACCAGAGAAGUGCUGGAGGAGUCGCUGGAAGUGAAGAAUCGGCUAUUGCAGCGGGAAUUGAUGGCUGCUGCAGCGGAGAAGAGGAUGACAGCAACCAAAAGCUCUGCGGUAUCUGUUCUGAAGAGCGUGGAGAGUGUAAAGGACGUGAAAAUUAGCGGUUCUGGAGAUGAGGGAAAGGGUAAGAGUGUUAAGUUGGAGAAAUGCAAGGACAAGGGUGGAAAUUUGGGGACAGAGUUGUCCUCGGUGGAGGCUCACCAUCUAUUUGAGAUGAUAUUUGGGAGUGAAGUUAGUAAAGAUGUUCUUGCACAGUGGAGUAAUCAGGGCAUUAGGUUUAGCCCUGAUCCAGAAACAUCUAUGGGGCUCGUGCAGCAUGAAGGCGGGCCUUGUGGUGUGUUAGCAGCCAUACAAGUAAUAGAAAAUGUUCAAGCAGAUAGGGAUGACCCCAGUCAACCAUUGGUAACUGCUCCAUUUGGGCAUGCAUCACAGGAAAUCGUAAACCUACUGCUUUCUGGAAAUGCUGCUGCUAAUGUGUUUGAUGGGAAGAUGGACUUAGGAGGUGGCAUGUUUGUGAAUGGCAUCUCUACACCCGUGGAAGUUGGAUUCCUUACUCUACUAGAGUCCCUCAAUUUUUGUAAGGUUGGCCAAUAUCUGAAAUGUCCAAGGUGGCCAAUAUGGGUAGUCGGAAGUGAGUCUCAUUAUACAGUGUUAUUUGCUCUUGAUACUAACGUCCAGGAUGAAAACGAACUUGAAAGUAGAGAAUCACAAAUCCGGAGAGCGUUUGAUGCCCAAGACCAAAGUGGAGGUGGUGGGUUCAUUAGUGUGGAAGGCUUCCAUCAAGUCCUAAAGGAAACAAACAUUAGCCUUCCGUCUGAGAAGCUUGAGCAUCUUUGCAGCAUGGGUUUUAUUGUAUGGAGUGAAUUUUGGCAGGUUCUUUUGGAUUUAGAUAAGAGUUUAGGAGGCGUGAAGGAUUCAACUGGAUUGAUGGGUAAGAAGGUCUUUGAUCUUUACCACUUUAAUGGGAUAGCAAAAUCAAUUGUGAAUGGCAGCCAGGCAUCGUCUGGAACUGAAAAUCUGAUGCAACGACCUAGGCUAACAAAAUUGAGAGUUUCAGUUCCCCCAAGGUGGACACCCGAAGAAUUCAUGGCAGAUGUAUCAGGGCCUUCUGGCGAGAAACAGAAUUCAGAUGAAAUAUCUAAACCUGAGCCUCCUCAACAUGCACCAUUGGUUGAUUGCAUUAGAACUCGCUGGAAUCGUGCGGUUUGCAAUUGGGAAGGGGACGCACCAAGUAUUGUCUGAUUGAGUCAUAAAUUUAUGUGCAUUGUUGAUGUUGGAUAUGGACGAGUAUAUUGUCCAUGAGUGAAGAGCUCACACACUAUUUGAGAUAAGGGUUUCCAGAAGUAGAAAGAAUGGGUGUUUCCUCCAUUUUUCCAUCUGAGACACCAUUUUGACUUUGUUGUAGCAUUUAUAGUCCAUUUCGAUUGAAAACAUCUCCAAUUCUGGGGCGAGGGAAUAUUUUGGCGUUUUUCUUUUUCUUGUGAAACUUUUAGACUACGUGAAGCUUUGGCUAUUAAUGGCUAUUGAUUCGGAAGUUCUUUUUAGGCUGGGGAGGUCUUCAAUACAUUUCGUAGGGCAGGGUUUGUUGUGACCACAAAGUCUCCCCCUUCCUUCAUAACUGUGUUGUUAAUUAGUCGUCUAUUUUUAAAUACAAGCCCUUUUCGAAGUUUUUGGCAGACGUGGCAUUUGUCUUGGUGGUACAAUUUAUCUCGUUUUUACUUUAUAUCAGAGGUUAACCUUUUGUUACGA